AAAGCAGCAGCUAUUUUCCAGAUGAACGAUUGCAAAUUUCUCGAUUGAGUCGCGUAAACAAGCGUGUAGCUGUCACGAUGCUGUGUGCCAGUGGCAAGUGUCAGUUAGUAGUAGUAGUAGUAGUAUAGAGAGCAGUCGGAGGCUUAACCUGAGCGUGUGUAGUUGGCGUUGUGUACACUUUCCAUAUACUCGGGAGUAUGUCAUAUCGAGCAGAAGCCAAGCGUACACGGCAGCAGCAGCCAUACGCGCUGUCUCUGAGAGACGUCGGCCCGUGAGAGAAUCGUGCAAUCGUACGUCGUGUGUUUUUGUGUGUCUGCGCGGCGUUCAGUAGCAGCCGCCGAUCGAAUUCGACGAAAAAAAAGCAACUUCGAGCGGUUGUCAUUGUCGAGAGCUUGGCUCGGACGCCUUCUUGCUGCUGCACGUUGCUUGCUCGCUAAGCAUAUUCUCGCCAACGCGCGACUUCUUGCUCGUAAUCCUGCCUAUUGGUCCACUGCUCAAUCGACGCUAAUGCGCUAUUGCCGUUCUCUACACGCUUCGUAAAAUCAUUAAUUCCAUAGUUAUCAGGAAGCAAAAAUCAAAAUGGUUUCCACUCGCCAAUCAAGUAACAGCGGCACCAACCCUGAUGCUUCAAGUUUUGUGGAGCUUCGCAGAAAUUAUGAUGCAGAACCAUCCACCUCUAAUCGAAAGCAGCAACAAGCUGUUUUAGCAUCUAAUAGUAUUGCAACAGUGUCUUCAAGUGAAAAUACUCCCUAUUUUAAUUUGUUGAAUUUACCAUUGGAAUUAGUACAAAAAAUAUUGGGUUAUUUAGAUUAUAAUACAAUUGCUCAUUUACGUCCUGUAUGUCAUCAAAUGGACAAAAUUUGUGGCUCUCUACUGAACUCCACAUUUCAGCGACUUCAAACACAAAUGCUUAACAGAUUUCAAGCCAUUAAAGCUCAAAUGCCCAGGAGGGAAUCAGCAAGGCGUAAUCAUCCAUUGGCAUGUGAGAGUGACAUUAUAGAAACUCUGCAUAUGAGAUUAACUCUUUUACAGAUGAGUUUUGGAAAACACAUUGAACGCAAACACUGUUGUUUUUUCCCUGGAGAAAUAUUGGAUGAAGUUUAUAAUAUAUUACAUUACAUUAAAGUUACACCAAAAUUAGCUCGACCAUACAAAGUGACGGAUGAACUAUUUGACUUGAGUACGAUGGCUAUGGAAUAUUUCAAAGAUUGUAUCGAGCCUACACUACCUGAAAUUCCUUAUUUUGGGGCAGAAUUUUUGGAUUUAGCUGGAACCUUUACAUCUCCUCUUAGUGUAUCGGAUGGCAAAGGUCGAAGUAGUGGAGGAGAAAAUUCGCCAGCUCGUUCUGGUAACGAUGAACCAGGAACCAGCAUGGAUUCAAGUGUUGCUGCUCCAGCGUCGCCACCUCAAUCUAACAUGGUUUUGCGAAAGCGCAUUCGUAAAAUCAAACAAGGUAUGAAACGGUAUAACAGUCAGCUAAGCCUCAUGCGCAGGGAUCUGAAAAAUUGCAAGUCUAAAAUUUCGGAGCAACAGAAGCAAAUAGUAGAGUACGCCACUCGACUUGAUGAUAAUGAUAAAAAGAACGAAGAAACGUCGAGAAAAUUCAGCACUUUACUCCAGGUAUUUACUAAGGAAUUAAAUAAAUGCAAAACAGAACUCCAAUAUUGGCGAUCAAAAUCUCCUGCUAUACCAGUUUGUUUCGGAUGCGGUCAAUCGAUACCUUUACCCACAGAAGAUCUACAAGCUUUGGCAAAUCAAGGUAUUCUCUCGAACGUCGAAGCAUCAGCCAACGAAAGCUUAGAUUUCAUUCCCAUUCCUGAUAUGGCAGCGCAAAGUCCAACCGAAAGAGAUAUGAAUUCGAUGCUUAACGUGCAGCCAUUACUUGCAGCUCCGACGCAACUUGCAUCGCUACAAUUAUUGCAAUGCACACAUACAAGCUGCAGUAAUAGUAACCCGAGCGUUUCUACAGUAGAACCUAUGGCGCCACCGAUCUCUUUACCUAUGGUUUCUUCAAAAAAAAGGUCAAGUACUUCCUGCCUCGAAGAAGAUGUUACAAAAAAACCGCGUCGUGCCCCCAAGUCUCGCCAAGCUAAGCGCUCCAAAAUUUAAAUUCAAUUCACUAUCUAACGUGUAUCUCUUUGAAUUUUUCUUUUCUUGUUUCUUAUUCGGGGGUAUAUCCGAUUUUUUUUUUUAAUACAAUACACAAAUAAUAAUAUGGAUAUGUGGAACCCUUAUUCAAAUUUAGUUCACGCUUUUUGUGUUGGAUUAUCUGAGGAAAAAAUACUAAUUGUGAGGAGUUCUUUCGAGUAUCUUGAUGCAAUCACAAAUUAUUCACAUCCUUAAGUACAAUUAUAACUUGUAUAUUAACGUUAACACAUCAACUCAAAAACUAAUUUAUGUAUGUGUUUUCAUAUAAUUUCUUUACUCUAUUUGAAUAAUUUUAAGUCUUUAUUGUAUUUAAUCAACAGACUUAUAUGCAUUCUUUUGUCUCUCACUAUGAUUGAAUUUAUAUGUUUGGGUCUUGUCGCCUUUUUUCUACGGGCGUAAACGGAUGACUCUAAAAAGAGUACAAAGUUUUCUUCCCGUUGUCUAUUGUACAUUACUUGUAAAAUGAAAUAUCUUUCAUUUUUAAUUUCGUGGCUAACAUUACUACGAGUGUAAAAUUAAUUCUACCUGAGUUUCAGAUCAUUUUUUAAGAAAUAUUCUUAUGUUAGUAUACCAAAAGUUGUAGUUUUAGUUGUAAAAAAGAAUAAUUUUCUAAAAAUUUUGAUUCGUCAACUAGGUCAAUUUGAAAAAAG